GGCCCGGGGCGGUGACCGCACGUCCCGCGGACCCAGUGGCCCAUCGGGCGUGGACCCGGGAUGGCUGGGCCGGGGGGCUCGGGAGGCCCGAUCGGGGCCGGCGCCCUGGCAGGCAGCGCGCGGUCCAAGGUAGCCCCGAGCGUGGACUUUGACCACAGCUGCUCGGACAGUGUUGAGUACCUGACACUCAACUUCGGGCCCUUCGAGACAGUGCAUCGUUGGCGGCGCCUCCCGCCCUGCGACGAGUUCGUGGGGGCCCGGCGCAGCAAGCACACAGUGGUGGCCUAUAAAGAUGCCAUCUAUGUAUUUGGUGGAGACAAUGGGAAGACCAUGCUCAACGACCUCCUACGGUUCGACGUGAAGGACUGCUCCUGGUGCAGGGCCUUCACCACUGGCACCCCGCCGGCGCCCCGCUACCACCACUCGGCCGUUGUCUAUGGGAGCAGCAUGUUUGUCUUCGGGGGCUACACUGGGGACAUUUAUUCCAAUUCUAACUUGAAGAAUAAAAACGACCUUUUUGAAUAUAAGUUUGCAACUGGCCAGUGGACGGAGUGGAAGAUUGAAGGACGGUUGCCAGUCGCCAGGUCCGCCCACGGUGCCACGGUGUAUAGUGACAAGCUGUGGAUCUUCGCUGGCUAUGAUGGCAAUGCCAGGUUGAACGACAUGUGGACCAUUGGCCUCCAGGACCGCGAGCUCACAUGCUGGGAGGAGGUGGCUCAGAGCGGCGAGAUCCCGCCGUCCUGCUGCAACUUCCCAGUGGCCGUGUGCCGGGACAAGAUGUUUGUGUUCUCGGGGCAGAGCGGAGCCAAGAUAACCAACAACCUCUUCCAGUUCGAAUUCAAGGACAAGACGUGGACACGCAUCCCCACGGAGCACCUGCUUCGUGGCUCCCCACCCCCCCCACAGCGUCGUUACGGGCACACCAUGGUGGCCUUUGACCGCCACCUGUACGUGUUUGGGGGCGCGGCGGACAACACACUGCCUAAUGAGCUGCACUGCUAUGAUGUGGACUUCCAGACCUGGGAGGUCGUCCAGCCCAGCUCCGACAGUGAGGUCGGCGGGGCUGAGGUGCCAGAGCGAGCAUCUGCUUCCGAGGAGGCGCCUGCCCUGGCCUCUGAGGAGCGGGGUGGCUUCAAGAAGUCCCGAGAUGUCUUUGGCCUGGACUUUGGCACCACCACAGCCAAGCAGCCUGCCCCGCCGGCCUCCGAGCUGCCAAGCGGAAGGCUCUUCCAUGCAGCCGCUGUGAUCUCGGACGCCAUGUACAUCUUCGGGGGCACCGUGGACAACAACAUCCGCAGUGGGGAGAUGUACCGGUUCCAGUUCUCCUGUUACCCCAAGUGCACGCUGCAUGAGGACUACGGGCGUCUGUGGGAGAGCCGCCAGUUUUGCGACGUGGAGUUUGUGCUGGGCGAGGAGGAGGGUCCCGUGCUCCCCACCGAGGCGUCAUUCUUGCUACAGAAGGAGGAGUGUGUGCAGGGCCACGUGGCCAUUGUCACAGCUCGAAGCCGCUGGCUCCGCAGGAAGAUCGUGCAGGCACGGGAACGGCUGGCCCAGAAACUGGAGGAGGAGGCAGCCCCAGCUCCCAGGGAGGUCCCUGGUGGGGCCGUGGGGGGGGCCGUGGGGGGGGCCCGGCCGCCCCUGCUGCACGUGGCCAUCCGCGAGGCUGAGGCCCGGCCUUUCGAAGUGCUCAUGCAGUUCCUCUACACGGACAAGAUCAAGUACCCGCGGAAAGGCCAUGUGGAGGACGUGCUGCUCAUCAUGGACGUGUACAAGCUGGCACUGAGCUUCCAGCUGUGCCGCCUGGAGCAGCUGUGCCGACAGUACAUCGAGGCCUCCGUGGACCUGCAGAACGUGCUGGUUGUGUGUGAGAGCGCCGCCAGGCUGCAACUGGGCCAGUUAAAGGAGCACUGCUUGAACUUCGUGGUGAAGGAGUCCCACUUCAACCAGGUGAUCAUGAUGAAGGAGUUCGAGCGCCUCUCUUCCCCACUGAUAGUGGAGAUCGUGCGGCGGAAGCAGCAGCCGCCUGCCCGCGCCCCCUCAGAACAGCCCGUGGACAUCGGCACAUCUCUGAUCCAGGACAUGAAGGCGUACCUGGAGGGAGCAGGUGCGGAGUUCUGUGACAUCACUCUGCUGCUGGAUGGGCACCCGAGACCGGCCCACAAGGCCAUCCUGGCCGCCCGCUCCAGCUACUUCGAGGCCAUGUUCCGGUCCUUCAUGCCAGAGGAUGGCCAGGUGAACAUCUCCAUUGGGGAGAUGGUGCCCAGCAGGCAGGCCUUCGAGUCCAUGCUACGCUACAUAUACUACGGUGAGGUCAACAUGCCGCCCGAGGACUCUCUCUACCUGUUUGCGGCCCCCUACUAUUAUGGCUUCUACAACAACCGGCUGCAGGCGUAUUGCAAGCAGAACCUAGAGAUGAACGUGACAGUGCAGAACGUACUUCAGAUCCUGGAGGCGGCUGACAAGACCCAGGCGCUGGACAUGAAGCGACACUGCCUGCACAUCAUCGUGCACCAGUUCACCAAGGUUUCCAAGCUGCCCACGCUGCGCUCGCUGAGCCAGCAGCUGCUGCUUGACAUCAUAGACUCCCUGGCUUCCCACAUCUCCGACAAGCAGUGUGCGGAGCUGGGUGCUGACAUCUGAGGGCCCACGCGGUGCUGGCCCACUCGAGAAUAACCAUGCCUGCCCUGCCCACUGCAGACUACACUGGCCACGCUGAGGCCCGAGGCAGAGCGCUUGGACCUGCCAGCCAAGGGGCAGGCUGCCCAGAGCCUUCAAAGGGAAAGGGGACACGGGGCCUUUGCCCCAUUUCACUGCUGAGGACACAG